UCGUAUUCGUUUCCCACCCGUCUUCAUAUUCAUUUUAAGGAAACCCUAAUUUUCUGAAAAUUCAAAAUCCAAAGAACUGAUUGUCUCUCUACGUUAGGUAUUCUCGGAGUCUAAUCAAGCUUUAGCUCCUUCUUCUUCAAUCUUAAACCCUAAUAUUUAUUUAUUUAUUUAUUUAUUCACACGCUCUCCGUCCGGCCCCGCGUUAUCCCGAGAGCGAGAAAAGCCAAGGCGAAGGAGUGACUCAAAUUUUCUGGCAUCAAAGCAAGGUUUUAGUGAGCUGAAGCAAUUAUGUUCGCUUCUAGACUUUCACGAGUUGGAGCUUGGACGGUCAAAGAGCUCUGUAAAGGAAAAUAUAAAUCUGCUGCAAGAAUGGGACAUUUGUAUAGACCAUACAGUCAUUAUUCACAACCUCUGUUCAAACCACAAUCGGAGACCAAGAUUUUCCAAGAUACCAUUUUUCAGAGGCACAAUACUUUUUCUACCACAGCUGCUGACAACCAUUCUGGGGAGGAGAAUGAAGAGGAAGAAACGAUAUCCGUGUCAUUUGUUGAUAAGGAUGGAGAGGAACAUCACAUUAGGGUCCCCAUUGGAAUGUCUAUGUUAGAAGCUGCUCAUGAAAAUGAUAUAGAACUCGAAGGAGCAUGUGAAGGUUCACUUGCCUGUUCCACAUGUCAUGUGAUUGUGAUGGACAUGGAAUACUACAAUAAAUUGGAAGACCCAACUGAUGAGGAAAAUGACAUGUUGGAUCUGGCUUUUGGGCUUACAGAAACGUCGCGUCUGGGUUGUCAAGUGAUUGCAUCACCUGAACUUGAUGGAAUGCGCUUAGCUCUUCCUGCUGCCACUCGCAACUUUGCAGUUGACGGUUUUAUUCCAAAACCACACUAACACAACAACACCAUCAAAGUGUUCUCUGAGUUUAAAGGAUGCUUUCAUCCCAGUUUUGUAGCAGUCCUGUAUUUUAACGGAUGUAAGGGUAUCUGCUCCUAGUCAUUUAUUUUUUGCAUAAUGAUUAUUGCUCCACAUGUAGUUGAAUAAUCCAGGAAUGACAUCCACUUUGCAGAUGAAAAUUCAUAUUGCUUUGUUACUCAUAUUUCUUAUUCCA